AGCUCAUGAUUAAUAUUUGACUUAGAUUCAACAAGCCUGCUGAAAUGGACGUUGCUAAAAAUAUGGAUAAAGUUUGGACUGAUAAAGCUUGUUACAACAAAGCAGAAAAAUUAUACCAAGAAUGGUUGUGCAAAGGAACCCAGUCGAACAAUUGCAGUCUUUUAGUGACGGAAAUUGCGAAAGCCAGAGAGGAUAUACAAAGUUCACUUGAGAAGAUUGAUGAUAUUACAUUUGAGCCUUGCUCGAAUUCGGGAAUUUUAAGCCGACUUGCAAUACUGGAAGCUGAGAACAAGGAAAUAAAAGAGCUUUAUCAAGCAAUUUUGAAAAAAAUAACGCUAAUUGAGAAUAACAACAAUACAACGUCUUCUGCUGCUUCGGUACAAAAAGUAGAAACAAGCAAUGGCAAUAAUAACGCAGCAGCUGCUGAUGAUGAUGAUGAUGAUGUUGACUUAUUUGCCUCGGACAGCGAGGAGGAGGAUGCUGAGAAACAGAGGAUAAGGGAGGAACGUCUAUCCAAGUACAAUGAGAAAAAGUCAACGAAAACUGCCAUUAUUGCCAAAUCGAGUAUUCUGCUCGAUGUAAAGCCGUGGGACGAUGAAGCCGACCUAAAAGCAAUGGAAGCCAAGAUUCGUGAAAUCCAAUGGGAUGGUUUACUCUGGGGUGCAUCAAAAUUUGUACCAGUUGCAUUUGGCAUACAAAAGAUAACAAUAUCGUGUGUUGUGGAGGAUGAGAAAGUAUCCGUAGAUUGGCUAACCGAAGAGAUCGAGAAAAUCGAGGAUCUUGUGCAAAGUGUUGAUAUUGCUGCAUUCAACAAAAUCUAAUUCUUAAUAAACACAAAGAGAGAAUAUUUAAGUAA